ACGGCGCAGACGAGCCCCGCGCCGGCCGCACCCCCACGAUUCAAAGAUCCAGGUUCUGCAUAUUGUCCAAAGUCUCUUUCAUUAUCUCUCAUCAUCCCAUUUCCAUAUAAGCACAAUGGCGACCAAGGUGGACAAAGCAGCGGCGCGCGCACGCUUCGAGGGCGUCUUUGACCAGAUCGCCGACGAGCUCGUCGCCUACGUCAAGGGCGAGGGCAUGCCCGCCGAGGCCGUCCAGUGGUACAAGGACAGCUUGUACUACAACGUCCCCGGCGGCAAGCUGAACCGCGGCCUGUCGGUCGUCGACACGCUCCAGAUCCUCAAGGGCUCCGACCUCACCGACGACGAGUACUUCCGCGCCGCGCUCCUCGGCUGGUGCAUUGAGCUGCUCCAGGGCUUCUUCCUCGUCUCGGACGACCUCAUGGACGCGUCGAUCACCCGCCGCGGCCAGCCGUGCUGGUACCGCAAGCCCGAUGUCGGCAACAUUGCCAUCAACGACAGCUUCAUGCUCGAGGCCGCCAUCUACUACCUCCUCAAGAAGCACUUCCGCCAGGAGAAGUACUACGUGGACCUGCUCGAGCUCUUCCACGACGUCACCUUCCAGACCACCCUCGGCCAGCUCAUCGACCUCAUCACGGCCGACGAGAACAACCCGGACCUGACCAAGUUCUCGCUUGAGAAGCACCACCUGAUUGUCGUGUACAAGACGGCGUUCUACAGCUUCUAUCUACCCGUCGCACUGGCGAUGCGCGUCCACGGCAUCCAGGACGAGGCGGCGUACAAGGCGGCCCUCGACAUCCUCAUCCCCAUGGGCGAGUACUUCCAGGUCCAGGACGACUACUUGGACGCAUACGCCUCGCCCGAGGUGCUCGGCAAGAUUGGCACCGACAUUCUUGACAACAAGUGCUCAUGGAACGUCAACACGGCGCUCAAAUAUGCGACGCCCGAGCAGCGCAAGAUCCUCGACGACAACUAUGGCAAGAAGGACUCGGAGUCGGAGGCCCGCGUCAAGGCCCUAUACUCGCAGGCGCCGAUCUCGAUUCCCGAGCGUUUCGAGAAGUACGAGAAGGAGAGCUACGAGCGCCUGACUUCCCUCAUCAACCAGAUUGAUGAGGCCAAGACUGGUCUCAAGCGCGAUGUGUUUGUCUCCUUCCUCAACAAGGUGUACAAGCGCACCAUGUAAGGGUCUAUCUUAUGUGUUGGUAAUGGAUUAGAUGUUCGCAGGUGGUGGGGAGGUGUGGUGUGGCGUAGACGGGGACAUUGCAGGAGGUACAUCCACGAAGCGCCAGCCAUACACCGGCCUUCCGGACGAGGCCGCCACACGAUUGUUGUGAAGUGGCAGACGCGAUGGUUUUAUUGGCCGUAAGUUCUAGGAAACACGGCGCUGCGACAGAUAGCUGGGCUACAAGGACAGCGAGGCCUGCUCAAUCACCUGUUUUGCGUACAGGACAUCACGACCAUCGCGGGCGUAUGCAGACG